GAUUGAGUCUAAUGUGGUACGCGCAUGUACACAAGUACGACACAUUUCAAAUCAAUAAAUGAGACUUUUUACGGUCUCUCUACAAGUAGUUGUGCUGAAACUGAGUUUAUUUCAAAAUUAUUUUGAACUUUUCAGUCCAGCGAAUUUAACCUGAAGAGUUUAUCGGAUUUGCAGUAAGAUGUCUAUGUGACGAUUGAAUGGUUUUUUUUCUUGCUGCAUGUGCAUAACAAAACGUUAUGUCAUAUUACUACAAUAAUUACAAUUAUGACAUAUCUGGGAAUGUUACACGUAAACUACGGUUGCAUUAUACAAAAUAAACCAUAAUUGACAAUAUUUCUAAGUUAAAUAAUUUAAAAUUCAGGAAAAAAAACAAACAAGCCAACUUUAACUCAAAAUCCGAUUGUGACAGAAUGUAACACAUGGAUCAGACGUCGGUGUAGCUCAAAAACUGAUUUCCAGAGUCAACCAUUCUCAUCCUGAAUGCACUGAUCCAACAUAAUGCUGAGGAUAAAGGCACUGGCUCUAAUGGAGACACGUCUAUCAUGUUGGUUUUUGGUCCUCCAGAGAGGUUAUCGUCUGGCCUCUAUCAAAAAUGUGUGUCAGCUCUCAGAGAGGAAGCGUCAGAGUCUUCUGUACCCUUUUAGUCAUCUGGAGGGGCACCUGUCCUCACAGGUCAAUCAGGCACAAUUCAAGAUCUUCCAUCCCAGCUUGGAGGAACUCCGCCAGGCAGAGACACUUUUCACUCCCUCCUCUAAACAUGUUAUCAACUACUCGACUUCUGCUGUCAGGAUGGACCAUGUGCCUGUUCUUAAACAGCCAGAGGUGUGUUUUAUGGGCAGGAGUAAUGUGGGAAAGUCUUCUCUCAUCCGUGCCUUAUUUUCUCUAGCACCAGAGGUAGAAGUGCGGGUCUCUAAAACUCCAGGUCACACCCGAAAGCUGAAUUUCUUCACUGUGGGAAAAGCAUUUACUCUAGUAGACAUGCCUGGAUAUGGACACAUGGCACCACAGGAUUUUGUGGAGAUGGUUGAACCGUAUCUUCAAGAGCGUCACAAUUUGGCGAGGACGUUCUUGCUGGUGGAUGCAAGUGCAGGAUUGCAGAGUACUGAUUUAGUUGCUGUGGAGAUGUGUGAAGAAUUUAAUUUGCCUUAUGUGCUGGUGGUAACUAAGAUCGACAGAACCCGACAGGGCGCUUUGUUGGCUCUUUCUCUGGAGCUUCAGGACUUCAUCAAAAAGCAAACCACAGCUUGUUUCCCACAACCAUUUUUAGUGAGUUCAGUCCAAUUCUCCGGGAUUCAUCUGCUCAGGUGUUUCAUAGCACAUGUAACUGGUAAACUACAACAUUCUUCUAAACAGUCAUGAAUUUACUGGACUGCCAUGCACUGAUGCCACAUGGUCAAAUCUCAUUUCCAAAACACAUUUUUAAAAAAAGACCAAUUUAAAGCAUAGAAAUGUUGAUGUCGAGUCGGUGCAUUAAUUACUAAUGCAGAGGUGUCAUGUUGUUACUGGUUUAGGGAUUCAUUCAACCCGGUAUGAACUCUAUGAAUGAUCCAGGAUUAAGUGUGCGGUGAGCUUACGAGGAAAUAAGACAAAUGUUUAUUUUUGUUACAAAAUUUUCACUGAUAUUCUGGCAUAGUACAUAAACAUCGAUACUAGUGGCAGUGAUUGAAAAAAUGGAGUAAAUUACCAUGUGGAAUUAACUUAAUGCUUCAUAUACAGAUUGUAUCAGUUCAACUGAAAAGUUACUGUUGAAACCUGUAUUUGUAGUACAAUAAUUUUCAGAAUCAUUCAAAAACAUUGAUUUUUGUGCAUUUCAUCGAUCUAUUUUAAUCAGUCUAUGACAUUUCAUUCAAAUCAAAUAAAUGCAGACCCUCAAGUUAA